AUGGUAAAGGCAGCCACUGAUGAUCAUCCUAAAAGCAUCUAGAUAAAUACUUAUAUCAACUAAGACCCUUAAGAUAUAAAUUAAAGUCAAGAAAUCAUUAAAAAUCUAGAAAAUUAAUAAAAAUCUGUAACUUAAUUAGAAGAAAUUUUAAAUCUCGAAGAGAUGGAAAUUGAUUUUAUUUCUGAUGGGGAAAUUAAAUCUUAUUUACUUUUCGAAACCUAUGAAGACUAAUCUUCUUAGUAAAAUCUGACUAAAAUUAAAUUAAACAAGGUAGGCCUGACUCAAAUGAUAAAUAAUAUUCAUAAUUCUCAGUGUCAAGUUAUCGGAUAUUAUGGUCACUACUAAUCCUGUAUUAAAGCUGCAUAAAUUUACCUACAAGGAAGAUUAUCUUCUUAAGUUGAUGAGGUUGAUGAAGGUAUUUUAGCUUUUUAAAAAGAGAAUAAAAUUGCUUUAGUUUAUAAGACCAUCUAUGAUUAUCAUCAUGAAUAAUCUGAAUCACAAUUUUCUAUAACAUAUUUGCGAUACAUAAUAGAUAUGUGCUAAAAAAUUAUCUGCUUACCUUCUCCAACACUUUCAAUUAAUCCUGAUCUAAGAAAUCCCUUUUUACUAAAAACCAAUCCUAGCUUAACAAUGAGAGAGAUUGAAUAAAAGCCACAUGAAGCUGCAAGCAUCAAUUUAAUUAAUUGCUUAAAUACUUGUACCUAACUUUCUGAUAUUCAAAUUCAUUUAACUUCUUGUGAUAAUUAAAACUACAUAUCAUCUGUAAAACUUAAUUAGGAGUUUGAUUGGUCGAAUCAAAAAAUGUUCUUUGAUGCUAAAUUGAUAAGGAAUGAUUUAUUCGAGAGCAAUUUUCAAUAAUAUACUUUUGAUUAGCUUAAAAGAGAAGUUAUCUUAUAUUGGCAAUACAGAUUUGAUGUGUUUCAUUCCUCAGAUAGCCCUAAUAUAAAAAUUGGUAAAAUUUAAUAGAAAGUGAUCAAAUUACUGAAUCAGGCUCCAUUGGGGGAUUUUUUAAAAAGAUAGUUGGAAGUCAAAAAACUAGAGAGUAAAUUCUAGAAGAAUGUCUAUGCAAUAAAGAUUGUGGGUAUCCGAUCUCAAUCUAAAAUUUUAUUGGAGAGUUUAUUUAGAAAAAGGGAGAAGCUAAUUUUCUGA